AUGGACUCAGUUAUGCAAGUGACUCGACCAGUUAUCGGAUGGGGAAUCAUUUUCUUCAAUAUUUUUGGUAACUUUGGAAAUUUCAAUAUUUUAUGGGCUUGCAAGAGAGGGAACUUGAAAGGGAAACAUGGUGUUUUACUCACAAUGACAACAUUCUUCCAAUCAGUUUGUUUACUUUUCGAGUUUAUUCAAGCAUAUUGUAUGUUUUUUACGACAAUGAUUACCCGACGUCUCUGUGUCACCGUUCAAUCGCCUUACUUAUUCACAAUUUGUAUGCAACAAUUUCUUCUCCUUUUACUCUCAAUCGAUCUUGUCAUAUCGAGCUUAGCUCCAGCUUUCCAUCGCCGAACUCCAACUAAAAUUUACUGUUUGUUGAUGGCUUUACCAGCAGUUAUCUUUUCGUCUUGGAUGGAAGCUUUAGCAAUUAGAGGAAUUGAUGAUGAAAUUUUGUGGAUUUGUAACCCACCAAUCGCUUUUGCUCCAGAGCCUCGUAAAGUGUGGUUACGUGGUUGCGUGUGGAUAAAUGUGAUAACAUUUGCGCUGUAUAUGUUUUUGUUGAUCAAGUUUCAUGUUCAAGCUUAUCAAAAGAAAACUGCUCAGCAAGAUAUUUGCUUGGCUGAGAAUCGAUUAAAACAUCAAUGCUAUGAGGAAAAGGUAACUCGAUCCCUUUCCGUAUUAGUGAUCUCUUUUGUUUUCUCUUGGUUUUUCGCUUUAAUCGGAGCUGAUGUCGUACAAUUUUUGGGUCUUUCCGCUGAACUUGUGCCAGUUUUUCAAACUUACAUGGUAUUUCCAGCUAUGUUAAGCUAUUCAUUGCCAUAUUAUGUGCUCUUUGUUAAUAGUGCUCAUUUUCGGGAAAUAUUUACACUUCAACUCAAGCUUUUAUUCAGAAUUCCGAUGGCGGCAAAGGAGAGAGAAGAGAGUCUGACUCGACCAGGAGAAUCUCCAUCGAGAUUU